AGGCACGUGCUUUGAGUUGCUAGCAGUCACCCGAGUCCAAACGGCAGCGCAACUAGUAGCUGCAGUUUAUCCGUGCCUCAACACGUCUCCUAACAUUGCGGAAAUAACUCCCGUUGACAUAUCAGCUAUUAUUGAUCUCAGCCGAGUCCCAACAGCACCUCCAGGGCUCACCUCAACCAAGAGACCCAUCAUCCAUUCCAUUCCAUCUCGACUCUCAACAUGGCCACCCGCAGAAUACUCUCCCAGGAGAAGACCCUCAUUGAGAAAGAUGACACCGUCGGCUCAAGCCCAGCAGCAAAUGAGAAGUCCAACAUAGCCCCGGCCGUUCCGACAUCCGUCAUAAUGAAACUCCUCGCCUUUACUCUCGGCAUGAUCGUGAUCCCGAUCGGUUCAUACUUCCUGACAGUAGACACGGUCUUCAUGGGGAACUCAACAUAUGCGGGAGUUUUGGCAGCUAUCAUGGCCAACGCAGUCCUCAUCGGCUACAUCUUCGUUGCCAUGGCCGAGGACCAGUCCGAACAGCUGCCGCAGCAGGCAGCGGCGAAGGGCCCAGGCCAAGAAGGGAAGAAGGACCGGUAAACAGUCUAUCCCUUUUGUCCAUGUACGCAUAAUGUUCUAUUAUAGGGAGUAAAAGGGGCUUUAUUUACGGUGAACAUCUCGGAACUGAUUUUGAAUGAAAAGAAAGAGCCUGUAGUAAUGUGCCCAUCGCUUGCUGUCAUUAGACAAGGGUUGCGGGUGAGGUCUAGCUGGUGUGCAGUACCGACCAACUUGGAUUAGGAUUAGGAUACAUGAUAAGGUAUGUUCCCCCAUGGACUAAGGUACUUCUCCCUCCUAUCUGUAUCUCUUGAAGGCAUUCGUGCCCCAUAUAAACAACACAAAUGUAGAGAACAAGGAGAGAGAGGCAGUACGAGAGCGACAGCGCGGGGAGAAAUCAG